AUGACACUCCAAUCUCUCGUUCCGAAACGGCAUCAUAAGGCCCUUACAAAUCCUACUGAAGCUCCCACCCCUCAUGAGCCAGGCAUUGGUGUCACCAACAAUGGAUUCGGUGACAAUAACUUCUUGCAUAUUGGCAAUGUGAUCUCCCUAGGAGGAGGCUGCUUGAUUGAUCUUCGAUUAACGGACCCCCGUCUUGACAUGAUACGUCUCUUGGAUACCAAGGGGGAUGUAAUGGCCAAGUCAUGCAGUUGGGCAUUCAAGACCCCCGAGUUUGCCUCGUGGAACAGCAGCCACCAGCACAAUCUGCUCUGGAUAAACGGCGGUCCUGGAAAAGGAAAGACGAUGCUUACGAUGGGGUUCAUCGAGGUGUUGGUCCCCAAAGCCAAGACUGGCCCUUCUCCACGAGCCGUGGCAUACUUCUUUUGCCAACGUAUCGAUCCGCGGUUAAGAAGCGGGACUUCUGUCCUGCGAGGCCUGCUCUAUCGCCUCGUUAUGGAAUGUCCUGCAAUUGUCAAGCUUAUUCAGGGCAGAUGGGAUGCUGCUGGCCGCUCAUUGUUUGAGGAUACCAAUUCUUUCUACGCUCUGUCCGAAAUCGUCCACGAGAUUGCCCAAGACUCGUCGCUUCCUAUGAUUACCUUCAUUAUCGAUGCGCUGGACGAAUGCGAAGAUGAGCUCCCGCAGCUUCUUAAACUUGUUGUAUCUACGGCGGCAUCAUCUCGCAUCAAGUGGUUGGUUUCCAGCCGCCCUCAUCCGAAAAUCGAAAUCAGACUCAAACAAGCGAAAGGAUCGAACCUCGAUCUUGAAAUCAAUGCCAAACAGGUUGCUAGUGCCGUCGAUAACUACAUCGAGGAGAAAACCACGGCACUUGCCAGGACAAAGAAUUAUGAUGAGAAUCUUUAUCUCACGGUACUCAAGCACCUGAAGACCGGAGCAGAAGGCUCCUUCCUUUGGGUAUCACACCUAUGCAACACUUUGGAGAAAGCACCGCGCCGCAAAACGAUAUCCAUUCUCGAGAUAUUCCCAGCCAGCCUACAAUCUGCAUACCAUGAAGGCUGGACACAGAUGCAACACAUGAACGAUGGAGAAGACCUGAAACUAUGCAUCCACAUUCUAGGCUCAAUGGUCGCCUCCCGCCAGUCAGUACGACUAGCCGAUAUUGCUUCGCUUGCUAGACUCCCGGCGGGAUUUGCGAAGGAUACAGAAUCAAUCAAGGAACUGGUCCAACUGUGUGGCUCGUUCUUGAUUAUUCAGGGCGAUGCUGUUGAUUUUGUUCAUAGCUCUGCUCGAAGCUACCUCGGUGGUAUUCCUGAGUUUCAGAAUUGUGGCGCGUCGAAGAGACCGGGUUUUCUAUGA